UCCAGAAUCAUGUGAAAGUUGUGAUUUGGCAUGUAACAUUAUCAAAUCAUUGAUUUAUCAAAUGAGAUCAACCGUUAAUAAAUAUAAUAUUGAUUCAGAUGUGGAAAAACAAAUAGUAAAUAUUAAAAAGACAAUUUAUGAGUUAUCACAAUGGACAGCAAUGCAAGAAUGGUCUCGUGCAUUAUUGAGCGAUAUGCAUAAAGUAACACAAUUAAUAGAUGCAAUUGAUACCGAAAGAAAUGAAUUAGAUCAACAAUACCACGAUAAAUUAAUCGAAUUGAAUCAAUUAGAAGAAAAAUACCGCAUAGUUAAUUCGCAUUUAUCAAAGAAAAACAAAAAAGAUGAUAAUAAAUAUGAAACGUUACAGAAAGCACAUGCUGAACUUACACGUAAAAAUACAGCUCUAACAGACAAAUUACAUAAGUUAGAAAAAUUAAUGCACGAAUAUAAACAAAGAAUAGAACAGAGUGAAGUCAGAUAA